GAAACCUUUGAUAAAGCAGUCAAUGGAGAGGAAAGAGAGUGACCAUCUUUAAACCACAAGAGGAUUUCGGAAUAAACAUACCUCUGUGACAGAAGGAAGUGUAGGAGUUUUGUAGGCCAAAAGGAAAAGCCUCUCACACCUUGUACUGCUGCCGAUAAAUAGCUCUGGCAUUCUGAAGCAGACUGUAACAAUGACAGCUACCAUAAUUAUUGUUUGCCUGCUGACAGCAGCUUUUGCUAACCCUAUUUUAAAAAAUAAUAACAUGGAAGAAAACAUCCCAGAUACCCACUCGGCUGCCAACAGCACUUCCAUGGAAACAUAUAUGUCGGUAAACAAGACCCUUGCAUACAGUUCAUCUUCAUACCAGACAUCUGAGGAAAGUGAUACUUCAGAAGACAAGAGCUCUUUAGAAAAUACAUCAGAAGACACGUCUUCUGAAGAAAGCAGUUCACUGGAAGACACGACCUCUGAAGAAGACAGUACUUCUGAAGACAUGACGUCUGAAGAAGACAGCUCAUUGGACAGGACUUCUGAAACAAGCGAGAGUACAUCAGAAGACAAGACCUCUGAAGAAAGGGACAGGUUCUUUGGUGACAAGACAUCUGAAGAGAUUUAUGAUACAUCUGAAAGCAGGAGUGAUGAGAAUGGAAAUACCAGAGAUGACAGUCGAGACAGCGACGAGGUUAUCAGAAGGAACAGGGUAAGAGUUUUUAAGAUCAAACUCAAAAGCGAUGAAGACAGCACCUACAGCCACAGCACGGAGCACAAUACGAGCGACCGGAGAGACAUCAGCGGGGAAGACGGUAACGAGGAGGAAGAGGAAAAAGAUGGGGAGGAUUAUAACAGCGAGAACGGCCACAGCACGGAAAGCGACGGUAACGACAGCAACGCCGACAAAGGCGGCUACAGAAAAGGAGAAAAGUGCGAUAAAGACGGGGACAGCGACGACUGCGACGAGGAAAGCGACGAGUAUUCCUUCGGCGACAUCGGAGACGACACCUAUGAGCUAAAUGAUGAUUUGCUCAUGCUUGACGAUGGGCAAAUCGAAGCGCACUCCUGGUGAUUGUUUCAACUGUCUUUUCUCUUCUAAAGCCUUUUAUUUUAUAUUUACUCUAAGUUCAGGGAAAAUGUCAGCUGGUUGACGUCUUUUAAACAACUGUGCACAAUAGAUGUGUGGUAAAUAGUGAAGCAAGGAAAACAAAACUUGAUAUAUAAGGAUUAAAAAAAUGCAUUAUGUCAGUGGAUUCCUGUAUAGCUGUUACAAUCCCAAGACUGAAACAAAAAAAAUUGUCAAUUUUGUUUUGUCUAAAUUAGCACAACAAUGUGCACUUUAUAUUCAGAAAUGUUUAUUUUAUUUUUCCUUUUCCUAUUUUUACCUUUCAAUUUAAAAUCACCAGACUCAAAUUCACAACAUCAAGGCAAUAGAGUUCAAUCAAUAUAUUGAUAAAUAAUUUGCAAUAUAUGCAGAUACCUUCUGUUAAUUUUGAAUCUGGUAAUUUUCGAACAUCAUGCACACAAAGAAAUCAUAAUGCAAUACAAACCGAUGGAUUUUUUUUCAGUUUCACACUUAUUAUCACAGUGAACUUUGAACAAAAACAUUUCUACAAUAUGUUUGAUUUGCUACACAUCUGGUGUAUAAAUUGUGGAAACUGAAGUAUAGUAUGAGCAGGUUUUCUGAGCUUUGUAUUAACUUUAGACAAUGACUUUAUAAAUGCCAGCAUUAUGUUUAAGGAAAUAUCUUUUGCUCUUAUUACUUUACAUUGUUAUAUUUUUAUUGAAAUCUCUUUAUAUUCAAAGAGAUAGUUGUAUUAUACAAUGAGAACUCUUCUUAUUAUUUAAGUGACAUUUUAGUGUUUUAUAAAUAAAAAAUAUAUAAUUAUAUAUUAAAAAGUAAUUUUGUCCAGGAGGUAAUUAUUAUAAUAAUAGUUCUGUUUAACAUGGAAUUAAAGACACUAACCUCCAAAUAUAUGUAAUGUACUCAAGGCAAAUGUAAUUCUUGACUGAAAUGAAAUUAAUUGCUAUUAUUAGAAUAUCUGUAAGAUAAAAAAAAAUCAGGAAUGGAUAUGUCACAGAAAUCAUUAAUCUGUGCUUUAAAGUAUCAAUUAUAAAAUGUAAAGUCUUUAUUCAUUUAAAGCAAAUCUGAAUCUUUUGUUUUUAUUUCUGUGUUUGAUCUUUUCUUUUCAUAUUUUUGAAUAUAUAUUUUCAUAAUAUCACAGUAUUUAAGUUUGUACUUAUUUAUUGAAGAUCCCAGAUAACUUUAUUUAUUAAAAGCUACUGAAUUUAAAAAGAUAUUUCAUUGUACACGUUUAUUCUUACUUUCUACUUCAUAAAUUACCAAAGUAAGAAAUAAAAAUGUGAUGUUUUGAAAGUUUUUUUCAUCAUAUUUAAGGAUCCCAGAGCACGGUCACAUUAAUACACAAAUAAACUCUUUACACAUUGUAGUGCAAACAGUACAAAACUCAACUAUAGGUUAUCGCAGCAACUCAAAAUGGGAAUGAUACACAAAAUAAGCUUUUUUUCCUCCAAGCAGGUAGAAAGUAG